AUGGGGUCCACAGAGUUGAAACUUGAUUUCAUGUCCAAGCGUUCUCAGAUGAAAGGCAGAAUAAAAACUGACAGUUACAAGAGCAGGUGGUUCAAACUGACACCAACAGCUCUAUUCUACUAUGAUGGAAAGAUAACGACAGGAAUUGGCAAGGUGAAAGGUCAAAUAGAUUUAAAAACAAUCAAAGUAAUUGAAAAAGUAGAUGGGGAGGGCCUUGGUAACAAGCAGAACGUUUUCCAAAUAGUUUAUAACGAUCCUAACAAGUUCGAAUCAGUUUAUACUUUGUACAUAGUGGCAGCCCAUGCAAAACAGCAAGAAGAUUGGAUAUUGGCUUUGAGAGAAGCCGCAAAAAUGGAAAAUGCCCAGUUUUCUCCAAUUUAUCAUUUGGGUGUCUGGAUGUACAAGCAGGGGAAAUGGAGUUGUUGUGGUAAUUUCAAUUUUAGAAAUAAAGGCUGCCUUCCGUCAUUUUGCGCCACUUCUAAAAAUGUUGCCAGAGAAGAAGCACAACGCCAAUCAAGCAGAGAUACUGAAAAUCUUAAAGUGCUAGCUUUAUUCGAAUAUCAAUCUAAGUCUAAAGAAGAGCUGAGUUUGAAAAAGGGCGAAGAACUGGAGAUAUUGUCAUCAAACUUGAAUGAUGAUUGGGUGAAAGCAAAAAAUGAAGAUGGGUGGUAUUUUAAAGACAUAUCUAGAGCACAAGCUGAAACGAUAUUGGAAUCUAAUGGUCAAGAAGGGUGUUUUAUGGUCAGAGAUUCCUCUAGACAAGGAAUUUACACAUUAUCUCUCUACUUUAAACCAGAUAAAAAGAGCGACGGAGAAGUAAAACAUUACCACAUCAAGCAAUCGGGAAACGACUACUUCCUAACAGAGAAGCACAAGUUUUUAACCCUUCCAGAAUUAGUAUAUUAUCACAAACACAACUGUGCAGCACACACGGUAAAUAUUGAUCCUAAAGAGCUGGAGUUAAGAGAAAAGUUGGGCUCUGGACAAUUCGGGACAGUACAUAGAGCCAUAUAUAAAGAAACAACAGAAGUUGCCGUUAAAACGAUGAAGGAAGGUUCAAUGUCUGAAUUGGAUUUCUUGGAAGAGGCUAAAAUUAUGGCGAAGCUGCACCAUCCAAAUCUUGUUCAACUUUAUGGUGUAAGUGCGAAUCAAAGACCAAUCAUGAUAAUAACAGAAUACAUGAGACAUGGCUCACUGUACAGCUAUUUACGUAGAACCAAACAUCAUUUAAUGAAAAAACAAGACCAACUAAUUGACAUAUGCUUGCAGAUUUGCAAAGCAAUGGCCUACCUAGAAAAAAAUAGUAUCAUUCACAGAGACUUGGCCUCCAGAAACUGCCUGGUUGGAGAUAAUUACGUCGUUAAAGUCUGCGAUUUUGGCUUAGCUAGAUUUGUUCUCGAUGACGAGUACACAAGCAGUGAGGGAGCAAAGUUCCCAGUGAGAUGGGCUUCAGUUGAAGUUUUGACCCACCAGUUCUUCAGCAGCAAGUCAGACGUUUGGGCUUAUGGUGUCUUAAUGUGGGAGAUUUUUACAUGUGGUGAUUUGCCGUAUCUUGGUGUGGAGAAUUUAGACGUCUACGAUCAUGUAAGCAAAUAUGGAAACAGAUUGGAAAAACCAGAUAAAUGUUCCGACGAAAUAUACCAAAUAAUGCAGAAAACGUGGCAAGAGGUGAGCUAG